AUGCCGCUGGCUUGUCGGUAUUUCCAAUUAGCUAUCGCUACGCUCACUGAUCGAUUGCCUCAGUUUUGGUCAGCACAGAUAAAGGGGAGUGAUUUAGUUGCCCCGGUAGUUGCUUGUGUGCAAGAAAAGUCUGCCACCAGCCCCCCUGACCACGGCAACCGCGGCUCUCUUCUUUCGGAUACGCCCCAGCACUGGACAGUGGAUCAGGUUCGGCGCUUCUACAAGGCGAUCAAAGUCCACGGGAAAAACUUUUAUGCGAUCCACCGUGACUUCUUCUCCUCGACCACCUCCAUGGAUCCCAUUGGAGGGGAUGGAGGCAGUGAUCCCGCACCUAGGGCGGGUCCACGGGGGCGCAAGCGGCGCGGUCACCACCACGCGCUGGAGUCGAAGAGGACCUUGACUAGCGCCGCCAGCGUCCCCGCGUCGCUCUUCUCUCUCGCCAGAGACACGCCCACCUCCACCACCACCAACCUUCCAGAAAGCGAAGUUGAGGAGGUGUCGAAGGUUGAGAACAUGAAGGUGGAGGAGGCCGAUGAGUUGGCAAUGCGGGGUCGGAAGGGCUAUGAAUUCAAAUCAGAACCCCCUGAUGACGUUAAAAGCGAGGACAAGGACAGGGAAGACAAGUCGUCGGCUUCCUCAACUCGCUCCAUCUUUCAGCCCACGCGGGAGAAGACGGUGAAACAGCUGAUCACCUUCUACUACUACUGGAAGCGUAAGAGCGCUUCGACCAUCACCUCGGCGACGUCGGUGGCUGCUGCGCACGCUGCUGCCGCCGCUGCGGCCGCUGCAAAUGCCGCCGCGUCCAACAGCAACAGCCACCACAACCGCAACACCUUCAAGGGCUCCUCGGUCGAGGCCAACUUCAACCGCUGCUACGCGGGCGGAAAGAAACGGAAGCAGAUUGGGACACGAGCGGGCAUUAUGGACAGGACUGCUUACCUAAGGCAUAGGACGCUCACAGGCGCGUGUUGUUGUGACGGAAUCAUUUAUGACCACGGUGACAUCGCACCGUCACCACCCAACCCCUUGACUGACGUUGCGUCGUGGUUUCUUUUUCUUGCAAUUUCUCAAACACCUUGGCUAGCUCUUGACCACGCCUCGACACUAGCUCCUUGUGUGAGCCGGCCUCGAGUCCGUUGGUGCACCCCCUUUGAGUUGGAAGUAGCUUUUCUGUGCGACCACGAGCUUGCUACCACUUACACCGUGAUCCACUUGCCUUUCACUUUUGUCGCCACCAGAGUUCUACCUGACAUCGGACUCGAUCGUUGUCCACACCAGCAGGUAGUUGAAUUGGCGUCUCUUUCAGAAAUCUCGUCUGUCAUCAAGGAAAUCCACUUGAGACCACACGGUGAUGCACGUACAGCGGAAGAGGCUGCGGUUGUUGUAGAGUGGGCGAGUGUCUCACCCUUCUUCUUGAUGCCUGACUUCAAAUUCGCUAGUCGGCACUGUUCGGUGGGUCCGAUGUCCGCACCGGUGAUCGUGAACUCCGCAAAUAGCAUAGCUGUCGACGUCCACUGCACCCUAGCUGGUUCUGUGGCAAACAACCUCCCCGAAUCCGAAAACGACGACAUCGGAAACGACACGCCUCAGCGACCCGCUUCAGAAACUGCCUCCCCGGCCGACGCAGCAGCCUCCAACACAGAGGCCACCGACGAUGCGUCGAAGGAGAGCGACGCAAAGGUCUCGCCUGCCGCUCAGGUGUGCAAGCACUGUAACCUCAAGGAGAUCGCCAACACCUCCCCGUCCUCCGGUGAAAACCAUCUGUCGCCAAACUUGUCCAUUUGGCGUUUUACCUACGUCGGUGUUCUCGAUGCCCAAGAUAUCUCAUUGGACAAUCGAAAAUCCACGUCUUCCGAUGUCUUCUCAUGCGCGAUCUGCGAGACCAGUUCAUCUGAUCGUCGAUCAACACCAAGUCACCGAAACGCUGUCGGCGCACUCAUUACCCUCUCACUGCUGCUUCCAAGUCACUGCUACUUCCUGUCGUUAAUCCCCUUGAUUAAUGGGCUCCUCCUGUGCCUUCUCUUGCAAUCUCCAGUGGUCUAUUUCCGUAUUUACCAGCACUUUGAAAUGUCCCCCUUUUGUGUACUUUUUGGCGGUGCCCUUUUGCAACUGAGUGUGCGCACUUUUGUGGAAGAUCAGCGGAACCCCGUGCAGUGCUGCUGCUACGCUGUGUCCGACUCGUUCAUUGAACCCGACACCGCGAAGGAGGGGGAGGCGGUGGUGGAGGAGGAGGACGCAGAUCUUCCUCUUCUCUGUGUGCGCUUCAUGCUUGCCUGGGCACGGACCGACGUGGUGCAAAGACGAGCGGUUAUUUGCCCGGUGAUACGUCAACUCUGCAGUGCCUGUCGUCUGCACCUUAGAAAGUACGCUGAACUCCCAAAAGUGCCGGAGGUGAAGACUGAAGGAGUUGGCGAAAACGGCGCCCCCGGAACUGCCAAGACCAAUUGGCCGGCAGACGGUGGCUGCGAGCAGAUCCCGGGGAAAGGCAGCGCAGAUGACGCAGUUGGUCGUUUUAACUUUACGCAUAAUGUCGCCCUGGCAGCACCCCUCGCUGGCUUAUUUCUCACCUCCAGCAAAAUGGCCACUUCCUGCGUCGACCCACGAUCUGCAAAAUCCGCAGUGUCGGUCAAUCGACCCCCCGAGGGGUGCCAUGGUCACUUUCGUAAUCAAGAUAGUUCCCCUGAGGCAUUGGUCGCAGCCUUCGUGCGCCUGAUGGCAGCGACUUAUUUCGUCGCAAACAACUUCUGUGCUGGUGUCGUGAGACACACUAACAUGCCCCCAACGCCAGUGCCGUUUGGCGUCCUCUUGACCCAAGAGCCGGAGGAGGAGCCAUUCUAG